AUGCAUCUCAACCUCCUCCGUGUCUUGCCCUUGGCUUUUAUUACCUUGACUUAUGCCUCUUCUCUUCUCCCCAUACGUGCCUCUCGCAGACCAGGCUGCGACAGCGCUCCCUCUGCGGAAGCCCUAGCGGCCAUCAAGGCCCUCAAGGAAUCCGAGGACCAGAGCGGUGUUGAUCCCUCAACCCUAACCAUUCGCCAAACCAUUACUGUCCAAGUAUACUUUCACGCCGUUACAAACACCUCCAUCUCUGCCUCGUACCCUUCGGACUCUCUCUUCUCCACGCAGCUCUCUGUCAUGAACAACGCCUAUGCCAGUACUGGUAUCCGCUUCGUUCUCGCCGGCACCGACCGAGUCCGCAACAAUGACCUGGCGACAGGCAGCGGCCUGUUUGCCGACACUCCCUCCGCCGCCAUGCAGACCUAUUUGAAGCAGAACCGAAAGGGGACCUACAAGGACCUGAACCUGUACUUCUACACCAACGCGCCCAGCGACUCGUUCGGCAAGUGCUUCUUCCCGACCUCGCCCACGCCCGCGACCACGUCCCUGGCCUACGCCGAGGACGGCUGCCACAUCGCCACCGGCACCAUGCCCGGCCAGGACUUCGUCGACUACAACCUCGGCAUGACGGCCGUCCACGAAGUCGGCCACUGGUUCAGCCUGCUGCACCCGUUCGAGGGCAACAGCUGCACCGGCUCGGGCGACUUCGUCAGUGACACCCCCCAGGAGAGCAGCCCGAGCUACGGGUGCCCCGUGGGCAAGGACAGCUGCCCCAACAUCAGUGGUGUCGACCCCAUCCAUAACUACAUGGAUUAUUCUCAGGAUUCUUGUUACCAGUCGUUCACGGCCGGCCAGAUAUCAAGGAUGGCCAAUGCUUGGAGCACGCUGCGCGCUGGAAAGUAA